CGCGUGGUGGAUCCAGAUCAUUCAGUUGGGUCAGUCAGCGCUGAGAUUUCUGAAAAAAUAUGGCUCUGACAAACCCUAUGUCAAUGCCCAUGGGACCAUGGAAGAUCACCGUUUAUGACCAGGAGCAUUUCCAGGGCAGGCGUUGUGAAUUCACCGCCUGCUGCCAGAACAUUAUGGAGUACGGCAUGGAGACCGUUCGCUCCCUGAAAGUGGAGUGUGGCGCUUGGGUUGGUUUUGAGCACUCCACCUUUAACGGGCAGCAGUUUAUCCUGGAGAAGGGAGAUUAUCCAUGCUGGGAGGCCUGGAGCGGCAACAACGCCUAUCGCAUCGAGAGACUCAUUUCCUUCCGGCCCAUUUAUUCUGCUAUGCACAGCGACUCCCGCAUGAUGCUUUUCGACUGUGAGAACAUGACUGGAAAGCAGUGGGAGGUGUGCAAUGACUACCCUUCCCUGCAGGGUAUGGGAUGGUGCAACAACGAGGUCCGUUCCAUCCAGGUCAUGAGUGGCGCUUUUGUAUGCUACCAGUAUCCUGGUUACCGUGGUUACCAGUACCUGAUGGAGUGCGACUGCCACGGAGGCGAGUACAGGCACUACAGGGAGUACGGCUGCCACGCUCAGACCCCUCAGAUCCAGUCUAUCCGCAGGAUCCAGCACUGAGAGGAACCAGCCCUCCUCCUUCCACCCUCCCUCCUCCUCCAUCCCUCCGUUCCCAGCCAUGCCAGAUGGUUUUUGUUGACCAGGACGGCAGGCUGGUUUACUGGUGCUACAGCAAUGUAACAAGUCCACAGCACUAUUUUACCCACUACACGAGGAAAGAAAGACUAACUAUUGACGGCAGGAAAAAAGCAGAAGAACAAGUCCUGUAUGAUUACAGCCGAAGGGACGUGGUGCAGUGAGAAGCCGGAGCGUUGCUCUUCUUUCGUCACGACUUGGUCAUCAUGAUCGUAGCCAUUGCAGUUUUCAUGGUCAGCUUCUGUAUGAUAUUUGAUGAAUAAAAACAUGAGCAUAAAAAACUAAAGGAACAAAAAAA